AUGUCACAGGUCUCGAGCGUCGGAUCUGAAACAGCGGAUGAGGGUUAUGGCCUCAGUGGAAUUCCACCUAAUAAAAUUUCUACAUCUGGAUGUGUGACACGAUUUGACACGGUGGACCUGCAUUAUGCAUGGGUUAUCGAAGAUUUCAGCGCUCAAAUGGACCUCCACUCCAUCGGGGAACAUCUGACGAGCAAGAAUUUUGGUGACAACGAUCAUGAAUUCGUGUUGAAGUUAUUUCCUGCUGGAAAGGACGAGGAUUGCACGGGAUAUAUCUCAUUAUACCUGCAGAUAAUAAGGUGUCCGAAUCCCAAGAUACAGUUGAGGAUUCGCUUCAGCGUGGAAACGCCUGAUGGACCCAGAGAAUGUUCUUUGAAUAAGAGUGUACUAUCAAUUAAUCGUGGAGGGAUAAUCACUGCGAGCAAGUUUUUCCAUUCAGAUAUUGUCAAGAAUAGGUUUCUACGGCGGGGGUUAAGAGAUGCUCUCACGGUGAGCGCCGAUAUUACUGUGUUUCUGGAUUCUAAGACAACUACUGAGGCACCGUUCCGGGAUUAUGAUGAGGAUGAGUUUGUGAUGUCGAAUUGUUACGAUCUUCCGGUAUCCGAAUGUAAUGCAACGGUUCCAAGUUCUGAGGUAUUACGUGAAAUGUUGAAGAGUGGGAGGUUCUCCGAUUUUAUCAUUGACGUCGACAAUUUCGAAUUUCCUCUACACCGAUGUGUACUAGCGGCCACCUCUCAGUACUUUAGCGCUAUGCUCAAAGACCAGACGCUGGAGACCUCCAAUGGCCGUGUGGAACUAAAGGACAUUAGCGCUGAUGUGUUCGCAAUAAUUGUGGAUUACAUUUAUGAGGUGAAGAGGCCGCAAAGUGAAGAUAUCACCAUGGAACUUAUUAAGGCCGUUGAUAUGCUCAUGAUGGAUGGAAUGAAAGCUCACUGUUGUGCGGUUUUGAUGCGAGAUAUAACUGUGGAAAACUUUGCUCUUCGGCUUCAGAUUGCAGAAUUUCUAAAUGAUGAUCGUUUGUUCAAGCGACUUGUAGCAUUCCUAGCCACCAAUCGUAGAGAAGUUUUCGCGCACGAGGACUGGGUUUCACUGCGAAAUGUUCAUCCGAAGAUGGUAUGUCGAGUAAUGGAAGCUGCAUGGGCGUAUGCCGAAGGCCAGUUCCCUUACAUAAAGUUUAUCAAGAGGCGUCGCUUCUGCCUCUGA